AUGUCCGCUCAUGUUUCGGCCCAGCUUCCAGCUCUGCAGGCUACGGUUGCACCACACUGCAAGAUUCUGCAAGACCCCGAGUCCUUUGAGUUCUGCCAACGUCUGAGGCGCUGGACUGAUAUUGAUCAUCAAACCCCGACUGCGAUUAUUCUGCCAAGCACCGAAGAAGACUGUCUCAGAACUGUUCAAUGGGCGCUUCGUUCCUCCAUCCCGUUUGUACCUACUUGCGGAGGCCACAGUGCUUGGUCUACGAUCGGCGAGGGUGGCGUCAUCAUUGAUCUGAGUAAUUACACUCAUGUUUCGGUAGAUGAAGCAGCAAGAACGGCCACAUUAGUUGGUGGGGUUCUGUCCAAACAGGUGGGCCUGCGCCUCGCGGAAGCAGGGCUAUUUACAGCUCUCGGAAACGGCAACACCGUCGGCGCGAUACCGUACUUCCUCGGCGGAGGAGCGUCCAUCACCUCCUCCAUCACUGGUUUCGGCUCUGAUCAGAUCAUUUCGGCGCGGGUCAUCACCGCUACAGACGGCGGAACACUAGUGGAGGUAACGGAAAUCGAAAAUCCGGAUCUUUUGUGGGCGUUACGCGGUGCCGGCCAGUUCUUCGGAUUAGUAACCCAGCUGACCGUUCGUGCCCAUCCACUCUCUUUGCUGCGAAAGCAGGCAGGCCUCAUAUGGGUUGGAGCAUUUGUAUUCCCGCUGGAUCGCGCGGCGGAGGUCGCUCGCGUGAUGAAGCCACUCAUGGCGGACGGACAGCAUGCGACGGCUGGCUUGAUGAUGAUCAUAGCCCCUCCGCCGGCUCGCGUCCCGUCGCUGCCAUUGAUGGUGACCGGAGGGGAGUUGCCGAUCCAGAAUGCAAGUGAUGCGCGAGAGAUCCUGUGCGCAAAGGGUGACUUAAAGCAAUUUGGCGUGGUGGGCCUGCACGAGUUCAAUGUUGAUGCUUUUGCAAAGACGACUGCAGUGUGGAAGAGAAUGGUGGAUGAGUGCCCGGAUGCAAUCAAUACUGCGUUCAAUUUCCAAUGGGAUGCAAGGCCUGUCAAGGCGCCUGAUGUGGAUUCGGCUCAAUCGCUGCAUGAUAUUCGCUACUGGCAAAACAACUUGAUCUGGCAUACAGACGCGGCCAAUCGCGGUAAGGUGGACAGCUACAAUGAACAGUGCAUCGCCAUCAUGCGUGGGCCGGACGAGUCGCGGUUUGUGGACUUCCAAAAUGGGACCCGGACUGGGCCCAUCGAGAGACGGUACCGCGGGGAAGCGCGACUCGAGAAGUUGCGGCGCUUAAAACGAGAGUGGGAUCCUGAAGGGAAUUUUACUCGGCAGUUGCUCGAUUGA